AUGGCUAGUCGCAUUUUGGUUAUUGCCAGUUUUAUAGCCAUUGCCGUCGCCAUCGUCACUGCCUUUGAGCCUAGUCCGUUGCAAGAUUUCUGUGUUGCCGAUCCAACUAGCUCAGCAAGAGUUAACGGUCUAGCUUGCUUGGACUCAAAGAAGGUACAAGCCAACCACUUCUCCUUCAGUGGCCUUCAUAUUCCAGGAAACACAUCAAAUGCCCUUGGCUCUGCACUUAAACCUGUCUUCGUAGCCCAAUUACCCGGACUAAACACCCUUGGAAUCUCGAUGGCCCGCAUUGACUAUGCACCCUGGGGUCUAGUUCCUCCUCACUCACACCCCCGCGCAACUGAAAUUCUUACAGUCUUGGAAGGCAGACUCCUUGUUGGCUUCGUGACCUCUAACCCUGAAAACAGGCUCAUUACUAAGGUCCUUGAAAAGGGUGAUGUGUUUGUGUUUCCUAUUGGACUUGUUCACUUCCAGAGAAAUGUUGGCCCUGGAAAUGCUUUCUCUAUCUCUUCCUUAAGCAGCCAAAACCCUGGUGUUAUUCUCAUUGCGAAUACUCUAUUUGGAUCCUGA